UCCGGCUUGUCUUGUGUACCAAAAAUAAUCAGAUUUCGUUCGAUGGCUGUAGCCGGUGCGGCAUUAGCGAGUAGUAGAAGCAAUGGAAAUCAUUUACAAUCACACAUAGUAACUUUUUGGAUAAAACACGUGAUAUAACAGCCAGAAAUAGUAUUAAUUAAUAAAUAGUUAUGUGCUAUCUUUCGUUAAGAAUUUUGUUAUUAUUAUUUAUAGCCGGCGGGAGUCUUGCUCGAAAUGGACAAAUUGUUGAUCGUUGGGCAGAGAAUCUUGGUUCUGAAUUAUGGGAACUAGCUAAUGCUGUAGCAAGACCUGAUGAACUUAAAACUAAAUAUAAACUUAUGAAUACUCGUGUGGAAGAUAAAUCUGGAGAAGAGCUUAUUGACAUAAUAAGUGAAAGCGUAGGACGUAUGCUAAGACGUAAAAUGGAUGCUGUGAAAUGUAUCCUUAAAGUAGCUGAAGAAGCUGCUGAAGAAUGGAAUUCUACAAUUGUUACAAACAUUACCUACUACUCAGGAAAGUAUAGCACAGUGGUUGGAAAAAAACCUCCUACUUUACCAAAAAGUAUAGAGAAAAAUAUGUAUCGUUAUAGAGAAAUGGAGCUAAACCCAGAUUCUCACUUUUAUAACAUCCCAGUGAAUACCAGCCACUCGUCGGUGCACAUACCAACGAAUGUUUAUGAUUUUGGCCCAGCAGUCGAAGAAGCUAUUGGAUGGUCAGAAGCAUUGGAUGAUGUGUUUAGACAAAAUUACCAGUCAGAUCCAGCUUUAUCCUGGCAAUACUUUGGAUCUAUAACUGGAAUGCUCCGUCAAUAUCCAGCAAUGCAGUGGAAAACAGCCCAAAAUCCUACUGAUGAUGCUGCUGACCUUUAUGACUGUAGAAUAAGAAGUUGGUUUAUUGAAGCAGCAACUUGCAGCAAAGAUAUGAUUAUUCUUGUAGACUCUAGUGGCAGUAUGACUGGGAUGGGAUACACUAUUGCUAAGGCAGUCGUUAACUCCAUCUUAGACACGCUAUCUAACAAUGAUUUUGUAACGGUUUUACAAUACACCAAUGAAACCGACGAGGUCGUACCCUGCUUCAAGGAUAAAUUAAUUCAAGCUACUCCAGAAAAUUUACAAACCUUCAGAAAUAUGAUGGAAAAAUUGGAUCCAUUAGAGGUCGCCAAUUUGACUGAUGCAUUUACUAGAGCUUUUAGUAUUUUAAAAACUUAUAGAGAAUCUAGAGGUUGUGGUCCAGAUACUCCUUGUAAUCAACUUAUCAUGUUAGUUACUGAUGGAGUUGCUUCAAAUAUAUCAGAGGUUUUUGACGUGUGGAAUAGACAAGAGAAUGGCACAGCAAUACCAGUGCGUGUCUUCACUUAUCUUUUAGGUCGUGAAGUUACGAAUGUCCGUGAAAUUCAGCUGAUGGCCUGUGAAAAUCGGGGGUACUAUACACAUGUCCACACCCAGGAAGAAGCUCAAGAACAAGUACUCAAAUAUAUUCCUGUUGUUGCUAGGCCUUUAGUUCUUCAAGGUUACUACCAUCCAGUUGUGUGGACACACACAUACACAGAUGUUUCGAACCCAGCACUUGCCUCAUGGCUGUGGCUUGUGAUGAACCACACAGAGCAAAAAUCUCGUCUGGAGAAGUACUUUGAAGGCAAGAGUCAAGGAGUGAGAAUGAAUGAAGAUGCUGUCUACAUUAAGCAGCUGGCGAAAGGCGAAGAUGUACGUCAAGAUCCAGGAAUUUUUAAUACAACUUCUUGGCAAGAAUAUAGACUUUUAACAUCAGUGAGCAUUCCAGCGUUUGACCGCAAAGGAAACCGUAAUAACGAAACGAGACGUGCUAAUCUCCUUGGAGUGGCUGGCACUGAUGUACCCAUAGAAGCUAUAGAAAAGCUUACACUACCGUAUAAACUUGGCGUCAACGGCUAUGCAUUUAUUGUCUCUAACAACGGUUAUGUCAUCUUACAUCCGGACUUACGUCCAGUUAGUGAUGGAAAAUUAAAACUUAAUUAUAAUAGUGUUGAUUUAACAGAAGUUGAAAUAUUAGAUGAUGGAAAAGGACCCAGAGAUCCAGGACCAGAAGUUUUGGAAUUGAGACAAGCUCUGGUAGAUCAUCAACAUGGUAGUUUGAAAAAUGUACCGGUUAAAUUCCAUUAUGAUGACAGUCGAAGAGUAAUGCUAGAGAAACGAGAUUAUUAUUAUGCACCUCUUCCUGGAACUCCUUUUGGAAUUGCUGUUGCUAUUCCUAAUUAUGGAAAAACUUGGAUAAAGGUAACAAAUGAAAUAGAAAAAAACCGUCAAGCUGGAAUAAACAUCUCCGACUUUUUUUCCAAUGACCGCUGGAGAGUCCACCCAGGCUGGGUUUAUUGUAGAUUUCAUUACCUAGAAGGUCACGAGUUCCCAAAUCCUGAAGCCGAAGUGCGUUAUUUUCUUUGGAAACUCGGUCAACCUGAUUGGAAAUGGUCUGAUCAAUAUAUGGCAUAUGAUAUUAGUCUAGAAGAUGAAGAUGAACCAGACUGUGGAAGAACAGUUCUAGAACAUGAUGAUUACUAUUGCAAUGAAGAAUUGAUGCAAGUGUUAGUUUUUGAUGCUAAAGCAACAAAUGAAAGUUUUGCUGGAGAGUUCAAGUAUAAAGAUGAAUACACAGAAGGUCUUGCAAGUAUCUACAAAGUUUUUCUAAGAUUUGUUGCUACUCAAAGUGGAUUUACUCGAUGGCAAUAUAUUGAAUCUGAUUUUUUGGAAGAAGUUAGAGAAUCUAUGGAAUUUGGAGACCUUCAUAGAAGAGCUGUCAAUGAACCUUGGUAUAAAGGAGCGAUAUUUCAACAUCAAAUUAAUCCAGAUAGUGUUUCAUUAACUGUACCCUGGAAUGCUGGACCUGAUGCCACAGUAACAGCUUCCAUGGCGAUAUUCCCACGAGACGGAGGAAAAAAUGCUUCAGCAGCAGUGGUUGGUUUCCAAAUGCCUAUGACUGCAGUUUAUCAGCGAUUUAUUGAUAUUACUUCUGUAACCAGUAAUCCAGAAAUGGAUUGUUCACACGCUUGGAUGGAUUGUUAUUUAAUUGAUCAAAACGGUUUCGUGGUUUUAUCAGAAGCUCACAACGACACUGGACAAUUUUUAGGAACUGUUGAAGGUGCAGUAAUGAAGUCAAUGGUCCUUCAAGGGUAUUUUAGUGCUGUAGAAAUCUACGAUUAUCAAGGGCUGUGUAAAGAUAUUGGGCUUGAAGGUAGUGCAAGUUUCCUUAGUACUCCCCUGCAUCAUCUAAAAAAUUUAUUUUUCUGGAUCGUUGCACGGACUUUUUGGAUUCUUUCACAGUUUGUGGAUAUUCCUGAAGUUUUAUCAAGAGCACAUUCAGAUGAUGACCUUCCAGAGAAACCUAAACCGCCAGAGGAAGUUGAAAUCAGAUUCGCAUGUGAUCAAAAAAGAACAUUAUAUAUUAUGAAUCAAACGAUGGCGUUAAAACAAAUAACUAAUUCAUCAAUUCAAUGUUCGAGGCCAUUUUUUGCUCAACUAGUACCCUACACCAAUCUUCUUUUGGUCGUAGUAGAUACUUUGUAUCCAACAUGUUAUGAAAGAUUAGAAGUAUUACCUGUGGAAAUAGAUCCAUCAGAGUAUACUAAUGAUACCGAGUUAAAGCCCUGUCAUAAAAAGAAAUUAAAUGAUCUACCACGCAGACGUCUUGAAGAGUGUUUUACAGAACACCCGUUGGAAGAUGAAAUAGACGAAUGUGGACGAGGAAUAAGACUGCAUAAAUCAAAUGCUUUAUUAUUUAUUUUAGCAAUUUUAAGGAUUAUUUUGUAAGCUCUAAUGGUGAAAUAAUUAUUUAUACAACGUA